UCAUUAAUACCGAAACUUCGACAGUACAAAGGUCAACCAUGAAAUUUGUGUUGAGUAUACUUAGUCUGUGUAUAAUUCUACAAGGCGCGUAUGCACCACCCGUAUCUCCAGACAAGAAGGAUGAGGUCGUCGAUGGAGAUGAUCUGAUGCAGUACACAGAGUACCACCGAUAUCUAAAGGAGGUGGUACAGGCUUUGGAGAGUGAUCCAGAAUUCCGAGACAGACUGGAAAAGGCUGACGAGGACGAUGUCAGGUCAGGCAAAAUAGCGGAACAGUUAGACUUUGUGAACCACAAUGUGAGGACUAAACUGGACGAAAUCAAGCGUAGAGAGAUGGAGAGAUUGAGGCACUUGGCCACCAAGAAAUUUGAACUAACGAACAAUUUGGACCUUGACUCCAAGGUGUCCAGUGAGCACCUGGACCACAACAACCCGCACACCUUCGAGAUUGAAGAUCUCAAGAAGCUGAUACAGAAGACCACAGCUGACCUUGAGGCUGCUGAUAAGCAACGAAGGGAGCAGUUCAAGGAGUAUGAAAUGCAAAAGGAGUUUGAGAAACACCAGAAACUAGAAGAAUUGGAUGAUAAACAGAAGAAGGAAUAUUUGGAGAACGUAAAGAAAGAAGAAGAGGCAAAGAAACAUCAUCAACCGCAGCUCCAUCAUCCAGGGUCGAAGCAGCAGCUCGAAGAAGUCUGGGACAAGCAAGACCACAUGGACCAACAGUUUGACCCUAAAGCCUUCUUCAUGAUGCACGAUGUCGACGGCAACGGCGUAUGGGACGCGGACGAAGUUAAAGCGUUAUUCAUCAAGGAGUUAGACAAGAUUUACUCUCCUAACGGUCCCAAUAAGGACUUGCACGAAAGGGCCGAAGAGAUGGAGCGGAUGAGAGAGCACGUUUUCAAAGAGAACGAUAAAAACAAAGAUGGGUUGAUCGACUUCCAUGAAUUCAUGAUGGAGACUCAGCGAGCUGAGUUCAACCAGGAUGAAGGCUGGAAAUCAAUAGAUGAGAAUCAAAUUUACACCCAGGCUGAGUACGAAGCGUAUGAAAGGAGACGACAAGAUGAGUUGAGAUACUUGCAGCAGCGUGGCUUAGUCGACGCUCACGGUCGUCCGAUACCAGGGGCUGAGCAUCAAAUACAUUUGGCCCUGCAACAACGACACGCAAUGGAACAACAGAUAUACGCUCAACACCAACAACAGUACCAGUCUCACUAUCCUCCAGGCCAGCAACAAUUCCAGCAAGUUCCCCAGCAAGGCCAACAAUUCCAGCAACCUCCUCAAGGGCAACAAUUCCAGCAACCUCCUCAAGGCCAACAAUUCCAGCAACCUCCGCAAGGCCAACAAUACCAACAACCUCCGCAAGGCCAACAAUAUCAGCAACCUCUGCAAGGCCAACAAUAUCAACAACCUCCGCAAGGCCAACAAUAUCAACAACCUCCGCAAGGCCAACAAUAUCAACAACCUCCACAAGGCCAACAAUAUCAGCAACCUCCUCAGCAACAACAGUACCAACAAGUUCCUCAAGGACAAAACCAGCAAGAAGGCCAAUUUCAGGCGCAGCCACCUCAAGGCCAAAACGUAAAUCCAGGACAGACCAUACCGGCUCAAGUUCCCAUCCAGCAAGCUCAAGGCCAAAAUACCCAAGGCCAGGCCCCGAGCUCAAAUCAGGGCCAAGUCCCACAACAGGUACAAGGUCAACCUCAGGGACAAGCUCAACCAGAGAACCCAUCUCAAGGACAAGCGCCACCUAGUGUAGUGAACCACUAAAAUAGGGUUGUAUACUACGAAAAAAAACUAAGGAAUCGUAACUCCCAUACUUCAACCGUUUU